CAAUCAUUAAGAAACCGGCUGGACGAAAGGUGAUGAGGUGCGACGCGGAUGGGAAUACUUCGCGAACGACUUCCGUGGGGCCAACGGUUUCAGAAGCUUGCCUACAGGUUUGGGUCAGACGGGUCAGGUUCUGCACCAAGUGGUGGGCGGCUGUGCCGCGAACAAAAAUCCCGCAGGAGCAAGCACUGAUUUUUAUGGUCUGGCUUUCAAGCUCUGCUUUGGUUGUGCUUGUAAAUGUAAUGCUUGAUCAUGGGUCUGCUAGGAGAAAAGUGCAUACUUAUGCACGAUUGAGCUCACCGCUUCACUUUUAUAUAAGUAUGUAACGAAUAGCAGCGACUUAUAGUCUAACUUCAACAGGGUGAGUAUCUAUUUGUUUCCUUCUUAGAUAGUCGUGAAUGUCACGCGCACUCAUUGUUGCACGCUGCUCCCCAGACCUGGCUCCUUGUAAGCUCGUAGCUUAUUUGUCAGCGGGAGUCGGUACAUUUCUGAUAGCAGCCAGUAGCUGCGGGCUACUCGCGUGCCUUCGCUCCCGCUCCCUCUCCCCUCUCAUAAUAAUGCGUGAGUACGGCAAUUGGAUGCAGACGGUUUUCCAGAACGCGAAAGCGAAGCAGAUCGGCAGUCUUGCGUUUUGGGGUAAGCUGGAAGCCCAUGAUUUUCAGUACCUCGACGUGCCACAAGCUGGAAAGGGACAGACGAAGGCGUGGGAAAGGCGUCAGCAAGCUGCUGAGAAGGCGCGCGACAGCAACGCUCGAGGACCAGCUGCCACACGUCGGCAGGGAGAGCGAAAACCGGAGACGAGGAACACGCCUGCGGCAGUCGGCUCUGCUUCAUCCUCGAGCAGGGUGCAAAACGUGAAGGAAGCUGGGACCAGUGGAGCCUCGGCUUCAGCUCCAGCGCUGAAGACGGGCGCAGCGCUUGGGCAGACGCAGACGCUUGGGACUGGAUUCAGCCAGCCACUCGCACGGGGCAAAAGCAUGACAGCGCAGCAAAGCAACAGGCCAGCGGUGCCCGGUGCGGAGAGUAGCAGACGAGGCGGACCCGUUGGCGCCGAUGCGAAGCCAUCGGACUCGCCGCUUCUUCAUCAGCUCAAAGGCCGCCCAAUCACUGAAGAGGAAGACACAGAGAGCCUCGAGGAAUGGGCGGAACGCUUCCAGAGUACCAGGCAGAGGGAUGCUCCUGCGGUACCAGGUUCGUUCUUCUCUGGUCUCGGGCCGGCGCUCUUUGGUGGUUCGUCUAGUUUCAGGAUGCUGGAGAUGGACAGCGAGCGAGCACGCAGAGCACAGCGCGCGCAGCAAGCACCAGGUGAAGGAUUAGCUGGCGAAGAACUUCUGGGGGUCACAGGCUCACUAGUGAAAGAGCAGCAGGAGCAACAACUGCAGCGACAGCAUCCGCUAGCGCCGUCGCGUGUGCUCCCGAACGAGAUCGGAGUAGGCUCGAGUAGUUUCGUCGAACAACAGCAAGAACAAGCUGAAGAAAACGAAAGGCAGCUGAUUGACGAACUCCAUCAGGAUGCAGACGAGGAGCAGAGCAUGGCGGCCGCGGUCUUGGCUGACAACGGUGUGACCCUUGACAACUUCGAAGAAUCUGACAUGAAUGACAAAGAAGAUCCAGAGGCGCACAGCGAUGACAGACGCAAGAUGAACAAAAGAAGUCGGGGGGCGCUUGCUGUGUGUCAGAAGCAAGACCAGGACGCUUCUGAGAGUAAGUCACCAAAAGCAAAGCGAAAGCGCUCAGCCUCAGGCGUGUGAGAGUGAAGCGAAGACAGAUGCCAUAUUACCUAGCUACACUUUUCAAAGUUUCUGUUUCUGAGAAUGUUCUAGUACUCUUCAAAUAGUCAGUUGCAAGCCUGAGGAGCUCAGUCUCUCGACAGAAG